AUGUCGACUCUGAGUGUCAAUACGAAAUUUUACGGCAGUAUAAAAUCUUAUGAUAUUCAUACGUAUUGGAACCUGAACAGUACGAAAGAGCGCCUUCAAGCAUACGAAUUAAGAGAGAGAGUAUUAAAAGAUUUCACUGAAGACAUAAAUAACGGAAAUAUCCGAGUUUAUAGAUUCUGGGAUAAGCCAAUCGGGCCUCAUCCGUUGAAUAUGUGGGAGUUGGAUUUUAAAAGUCCCGAAAUAUUUAGUAAGAUUGUCCCUUAUUUUCAGCUCAAUCACGGAAACCUUUCCGUAUUGAUUCACCCACGAUCUGAUAAAGGUGAUUUAAUCGACCAUACUUCUCAUGCUAUGUGGUUGGGUCAUAAGCAAAGAUUAGUUACAGAUAACUUGUGA